UCUGCCGGCGGGAAGCAGCCGGGAGAACCCGGAUGGAAGCCUGGCCUGGCUGAGGUGGAGCUGGUUCCGCGUCUUGCUGUUUCCCCGCGCUCCGCAGGUUCCUGCUGGGGGCUCCGACCUGAGGAACCCCCGCCUGGACUGGUUCCGAUGGCCAUAGGCUGAGCGUCCGGGUUGAGCGGAGGGCAGGACUGGAACCUGAAGCGGGCGCCUAAAGGAAGCCCGAGCAUCCCUGGGGCCUGCGCCUCAGGCUCCUCGGAGACGGGCGGGCGGAGACCGAGCGGCGUCCUUUUUCCCUCGCGGCUGGCGCCCUUCGCUCGCCCGGCCGGCUUUAAAAAUCUCCGUCCUUCACAAUAACACCACCAGGCUCUGUCAGUUAAGGGCUACGUGUUCUUUGCAUGCAUUCUCAUAAUUAAACCUCCCAGCAACCCUGGAAGGAUAUUGUAAUUCCUAAAUACCACAAAGGAGCAAGUGAAAAUUGUGAGGUUCUAAAACACAAGAAAGCCUCUUGGGCGCAAAAUUCUGUUUCAUCUCUGGAGUACUACCUGAGAAUUUUUGUGUGCCAUGUCGAAGAAACGCAAAUGGGAUGAUGACUAUGUUCGUUACUGGUUCACCUGUACAACAGAGGUUGAUGGAACUCAGCGCCCACAGUGUGUGUUAUGUAACUCAGUAUUUUCAAAUGCUGACCUCAGGCCAUCAAAACUGUCAGACCAUUUUAACAGACAGCAUGGUGGUGUAGCUGGGCAUGAUCUCAAUAGCCUGAAGCAUAUGCCUACACCAUCUGAUCAGAGUAAAACCUUGAAAGCAUUUGGAGUUGCAUCUCAUGAGGAUGCCUUAUUACAAGCGUCAUAUCAGUUUGCAUAUUUAUGUGCCAAGGAGAAGAAUCCUCAUACAAUAGCUGAAAAAUUAGUGAAACCUUGUGCAUUGGAAAUAGCACAAAUAGUUUUGGGACCAGAUGCACAAAAGAAGCUUCAGCAGGUACCCUUAUCAGAUGAUGUGAUCCAUUCUAGAAUUGAUGAAAUGAGCCAGGAUAUCUUACAGCAAGUUCUAGAAGAUAUCAAAGCCAGUUCUCUUAAAGUGGGUAUUCAGCUUGCUGAGACAACUGACAUGGAUGACUGCAGUCAGCUGAUGGCAUUUGUGCGAUAUAUAAAAGAAAGAGAGAUCAUAGAAGAAUUCCUGUUCUGUGAACCAUUGCAGUUAACCAUGAAAGGAAUAGAUGUGUUCAAUCUCUUCAGAGAUUUCUUUUUGAAACAUAAGAUAGCACUUGAUGUAUGUGGCUCUGUUUGUACUGAUGGUGCCUCUUCUCUGUUAGGAGAAAAUUCAGAAUUUGUUGCCUGUGUGAAGAAAGAGGUACCUCAUAUCAUGAUCACACAUUGUUUGUUGAAUCCUCAUGCACUUGUCAUAAAGACAUUGCCUACAAAAUUGAGGGAUGCUCUGUUUACCGUGGUGAGGGUAAUAAAUUUCAUCAAAGGGCGAGCUCCAAAUCAUCGACUAUUUCAGGCCUUCUUUGAAGAAAUUGGUAUAGAAUAUAGUGUCCUCCUUUUCCAUACUGAAAUGAGGUGGCUUUCCCGAGGCCAAAUACUUGCUCAUAUUUUUGAAAUGUAUGAAGAAAUAAAUCAGUUUCUUCACCACCAAAGCAGUAAUUUAGUUGAUGUCUUUGAAAAUAAAGAGUUUAAAAUUCACCUAGCAUACCUUGCAGAUUUAUUCAAACACCUAAACGAACUUAGCGCCUCUAUGCAAAGGACUGGGAUGAACACAGUAUCAGCUAGGGAGAAGUUAUCUGCUUUUGUUAGGAAGUUUCCAUUUUGGCAAAAACGAAUUGAGAAAAGAAAUUUCACCAACUUUCCUUUUCUUGAAGAAAUAAUUGUUUCAGAUAAUGAAGGCGUAUUUAUUGCAGCUGAAAUAACACUGCAUCUGCAACAGUUGAGCAACUUCUUACAUGGAUAUUUCUCUAUUGGAGAUCUUGAUGAGGCAAGUAAAUGGAUACUAGAUCCAUUUCUUUUUAAUCUUGAUUUUGUCAAUGAUGGUUAUUUAAUGAAAAAUGAUCUUGCUGAAUUACGAGCUAGUGGCCAAAUCCUAAUGGAAUUUGAGACAAUGAAGCUUGAGGAUUUUUGGUGUGCUCAAUUCACAGUGUUUCCAAACCUGGCAAAGACAGCUCUAGAAAUACUUACACCAUUUGCAACUACAUACCUUUGUGAGUUGGGAUUUUCAUCACUUUUACAUUUUAAAACAAAGUCCAGAAGCUGCUUUAAUCUGAGUGAUGACAUUCGUGUGGCUAUUUCAAAAAAAGUUCCUCGUUUCUCAGACAUCAUUGAACAAAAGCUACAUCUACAGCAGAAGUCACUCCAAAAGGCAGAAAUGAAUCCUUUAUUUCUCAUAUUCCCUCACAAAAUUAUGCUGGCAAAAUGUGGCAAAGCUUGUUUCUAGACUCAUUUCAUAUACUACUUUCUCAAAGUUUGAUUCUACAAAGCAGAAGCCUCUAGACCGUCUUAGCAGAGCAUUUUCUUAAAAUCAAAUGUUUGUUCAUUUCUGAUCCACACACUGAGUUGAGAAACCUCAUCAAGAGCUUUUUGCAUCAGAUUCCAAAAUGAAGUCUCUCCAGCUGAGGCCCUUCAAGUUACAUCUGGAAGCCAGUUGGAACUUUUCUGGGUCAUUUCCCGUUGAAUGUAAGUGGUGUCUAUUUUGGUCUGAUUUCAUUUGUACUGGGACUCUAGUUGUCUCAAGGCUUUAACUUUCCUGAAGCCUUAGGUAAGAAAAGCCUCUCAGAACUCUCUGGUUCUUCUCUUCCUUCGCAUGAAAAGUACUCUGCUUUUUGAAGCUGUCUGCCACCCCAUAGGUCCCAAGAUUUGAGUAAUCCCAACUCUGCCCCUCAUUCAGUGUGUAACCUUAAGAAGAUGGCCUGCCACUGUGCCUCAGUUCCUUCAGCUGAUAACGGGGGAAAUACUCGUCCGAAAUUUGGAAGAUGGAGCUAAGUACUAUUUUAAAUGUUUUUUUUAAAAGAAAGUAUAUAAUGUAAGGUGGUUACUGUUAUUAACUGUCCAAACUUUCUGCCAUAUCCUCAGAUCCAGCCAGUAAGAGCAAAGGAAGAAUUUUCAAAAACUAUAAUGCAGCAUACGCUUUUAUUUUUUAUUUUAUUGAAGAAGGAGUGUUGAAUAAGUAACAUAUUCCCAUGGUUUUAAAAAUCAAAUAGUUCCCAAAAACAUACAGUGAAAAAUAAGUCUUUCUCACACCACUGUUUUCUAGUUCCCCUCUCCAGAGACAACUUCAUGUGUUACAAUUUCUUACUUCCUUCCAGAAAUAGAUUAUGCUUUUAUACUCAUUCAUGUUUGUGUGUUUUCCUCCCCUUUUCUAUCUUUUUUUAAAUUGAAUAGUAGCAAAAUAUACACAUGGUUCUGCCACUUAUUUUUCUCACUAAACAAUAUAUCUUGGAGAUAAUUCCAUACAGUACAUAGAGUUCUGCCUCUACGUAUGUAUGUGCAUUGAUUUAUUAAAUCAGUUCCCUAUUGCUGUUCAUUUAGAUGGUUUCCAGUCUUUUAUUAGUUUAAACAAGGUUGCAAUGAAUAUCCAUAUGUAAACUUUCAGAAUAAGUUCCUGGAAACAGAACUGCUAUAUAUUUUUUGAAUUUUUAUAAAUCUGCAAGCUUUAUUUGGAGUUUGAUCUUGUUUCAUUCUAAGUGACACAGUACACAGAGCAGCCAACAUUUCCUUUAACAUUGUAGUCUUUUAACCUAAGCUAUUUUGAUCUUUUCCCUCAAACGACAUUACAACAGUGAGUAUAGUUCCCCAGCUUUGCUGUCUUAGAAGUCUGUGGAAUGGCAACAAGUCCUCCCUAUAACAGCUGUCUCCCCAGUACUGCCACGUUAUUGAGACCCCGUCAGGAAUGAUCUCACUCUGGAGAACUUCACAGCUGCAAAGCCCCUUGUUGAAAGUGAGCAUCUGACAACUUGGGUCUUGGCCAUCAGCUGUUUGGAAUGAUUCAUCAGUAGUUUUUAAACAUUUGUUGUACCAAAAUUGGAGAAAGGGUUGAAAAAUGGCAAAAAAAAAAAAAAAAAAAA